CCAACCUCUCUCAGCUAGCCCAAAACCCUAUAAACCAUCCAAGUUCCAAUCCUCUCUCCUACCUGCCUCCCUACAAAGCUGCAUUUGGCAUUGCAGCAAUGGAGAGGCCCCCGACACUGGUGAUCCAGGACGACUACAUCGACAUGGACCUCACCCCGACCGCCACGCCGCUGCAGCCCUCCUCGCCCCGCUUCGAGUUCCAGAGCGCCGGCGCCGGCGGCAGCAAGAACAGGGAGGAGGCCUUCGCGUCGCCGGCGGACGAGCUGUUCUACAAGGGCAACCUGCUCCCGCUCCACCUGCCGCCGCGGCUGCAGCUCGUGCAGAGGCUGCUGCAGGAGCAGCAGGUUGAGCAGGUGCAAGGGGUCAAGAGGGAUGCGGUGGAGGGGGGAGACGACGCCGCCAAGGUGUGCGCCGCCAAGAAGCAGUCUUGGGCCAAGAGGCUCAAGGUGGUGAGGCGGUGGGCGUCCAGGGAGUACAUCAGGUCCCUCUUCUUGACCAAGCCCUGCGACAUUGUUGUCGACAGCAAUGGCAGCGGCAGCGUCAGUGCGAGGGGGAGCGCGCUGGAUCAGGAGGAGGUGUGCAGCCACCGAAUGUCCUUCUCCGGUAUCAUCCGGCGGGUGCGCCUGGUGGCCACCAAGGCGUCGCCGCCGCCGGGGGUCUCGCCUCUGUGCUCGUCCUCGUCUUCGUCCUCGUCGUCGACGCCGUCCUGCGGCAACGCGAACGGGUUCUUCAGGGCAGCGGCGACGCCGGCGCUGAAGCGGAGCAGCAGCGCCGGGUCGGAGGAGGGCGCCAUCCAGGGCGCCAUCGCGCACUGCAAGCGGUCUCACCUGCUACAGCAGGGGAUGAUGGUCUCCGCGAGGAGGAGCGUGAGCGACGUGGUGUUCUACUCGGUGACGAAUACUCCCAGGGCCUCCUCCGUCGCCGCCGGCGAGGCGGCGCAGGAGAGGCAGGAGAUGUGCAGGGGGUGACGCAGACGCAUGACCUGAGAUGGAUCAUCAAAGCAACAUUCUUUUUGUUUCUUUGCUUGUGAAGAUGAAAAGCAAUGUGCGUUGUGGAUUGCUUGCUGUGGGGGAUGCAAUGCGAUGCGUCUGUCUCCCUGUUUAAUUUUCUUGAUUUUCCUGGAGCAAAGGUUUUUGUGUUUUA